AUGAAAAGACAAAAUCAAAGCUCUGUGGUUGAAUUCAUUCUCUUGGGCUUUUCUAACUUUCCUGAGCUCCGGGGGCAGCUCUUUGGGGUUUUCCUGAUUAUCUACCUGGUGACCCUGAUGGGAAAUGCCAUCAUUAUAGUCAUCAUCUCCCUGGACCAGAGCCUCCACGUUCCCAUGUACCUGUUUCUCCUGAACUUAUCUGUGGUGGACCUGAGUUUCAGUGCAGUCAUUACGCCUGAAAUGCUGGUGGUCCUGUCUACUGAAAAAACUAUGAUUUCUUUUGUGGGCUGUUUUGCACAGAUGUAUUUCAUCCUUCUUUUUGGUGGGGCUGAAUGUUUUCUCCUAGGAGCAAUGGCUUAUGACCGAUUUGCUGCAAUUUGCCAUCCUCUGAACUACCCAGUGAUUAUGAAUAAAGGAGUUUUUAUGAAAUUAGUUGUAUUUUCAUGGGCCUUAGGUUUUAUGUUAGGUACUGUGCAAACAUCAUGGGUAUCUAGUUUUCCCUUUUGUGGCCUUAAUGAAAUCAACCAUAUAUCUUGUGAAACCCCAGCAGUGUUGGAACUUGCAUGUGCAGACACGUUUUUGUUUGAAAUCUAUGCAUUCACAGGCACCUUUUUGAUUAUUUUGGUUCCUUUCUUGUUGAUCCUCUUGUCUUACAUUCGAGUCAUGUUUACCAUCCUGAAGAUGCCCUCAACUACUGGGAGACAAAAAGCCUUUUCCACCUGUGCCUCUCACCUCACAUCUGUGGCCCUGUUCUAUGGCACAGCCAGCAUGACUUAUUUACAGCCCAAAUCUGCCUACUCACCAGAAACCAAGAAACUGAUGUCACUGUCAUACUCACUUCUGACACCUCUGCUGAAUCCGCUUAUCUACAGCUUGCGAAAUAGUGAGAUGAAGAGGGCUUUGAUAAAGUUAUGGCGAAGGCGAGUGGUUUUACACACGGUCUGA